AUGGCCACAGGUGAUACUCUACCUAUUUUUCCUAUACACGAGCUCAAAGAUUCGAUACCGCAUGAAAGAUAUAAUAUCAUUACUCAUCAUGUUGCUCAGAAGCUAGGGGUGAUUCUAGAUGCCGCCACCAGCCCAAAAGGUCUACAAGCGCAAUCUCUGGUCGGCUUCCUAUCGAGUUACUUGGGCGACGUAGCUCGUCAAGUCUUAGCUCAGACUAGUGCACAGCCUGGUUCAAUUUAUACUGACUUGCUCUCCGAUCCGGAACGUAUGAUUAGAAAGUAUACCCUUCGCCUCAUCGGCCUUAUGGCGUCCCACCAGGCAGACCUAUCAGUUACGCUGCUUGUUGAUCUAGCAGUCGCAUAUCAUCCUCUCAAUAGCAAAUAUCUUCAGAAGAUAUUCGAUCAAUCACUUUCCAUUGCUCCUCGGGCUUCUGAAUUUGAGUCCACUGUUAUCCCCGCGUUCACCUCUGCUCUGGUACCUAAACACCCGGAUGUCAUCGAAUUGCGUGAAGUUGCUUAUACACUCAGGUGCCUCACUAGCUGCGGAAGUAGGGUUGUAUCUUUAUUCGCUCGGCACCAGUCGUUUGUGAGAUCACUGUCCGAAUGUUACCAAACUGUGUUACCCAAGCUCGUGGAAUCGCUUGGGGGAAUCCAUUUACGAGGCGACCGGGAGCCUUAUGAGUUGACCUGCAUCGAAGCAAAAGUGGAUCUACUCGAAGCAUAUCAUAAUAUCAUCCGCACAGUCACAACCUCUCAGACUGUGGACCUUGCGCUCCAAGUCGCAUUCCAAGUAUUUGAAGCUCCUGGCCCUUCAGCCUUAGACCCCGUACCCUUUCUUAACACUGGAAUGAAUGAUGAUCUCAAUCGUGUAGUCGGUCUCAUAGAUUUAUUUAAAGGUGCCCUUCCAGCAGAAGAUCUACGCCUAGAAGUAAUGACUGCCCAACUCAGCCCCAUUACCUCAAGAUUCGACCUUGGCGCACUGGGUAUUCUGCCUACACCUGUAGGCAACGCACCUUCGUCACCUACCCGUACCCGCAUUGACAAAGGAAAAGGCAAGCUAUCAGAAGAGAACGACCCAACGCUAGAUCUAGAACUUGACUCCCUUGUCACUCAAGUUUUGGAGAUAUUUCCGGAGCAAGAUGCUAAUGCGGUUCGCUCCGCACUUCAAUUGCCCAAGUUCAACCGUUCUGCCGAGGCAAUUAUCAACGAACUAGCAGAAGGGAACGCGUUGCCUGCAUAUAUUCCGCCACCUGAAAAAACAGCCAAAUCUGUGUUUGCUGAGAGACGAAAUGUCUUCGAUGAUGACGAGAUGGAUUACUCAAGACUACGAAUAGGGAAGAAACGCUCCGAAAAUGCUGAAACCGUUUUGAACGAUAAAUCAUUUAUCGUUGCACAAAAGGCAGAAAUACUCAGAAGAGCUGCUGAAGUAUCAGAUGCUGAAUCCGAAUGGAAAUCAGAUGAAGAAAAACGGCCCGCAGUAGUUGCAUUCUUCGACGACGAUGACGAAUAUGGGGGUGGGGGAGUAGUCAAUGAUGGGGAAGCAACAAGCGAGAGCGAUAGUGAGGCUGGAAGCGAGGUUGGGGGCCCAGAAUCUGCACUAGAACUUGCAUGGCUGGCAGAUGCUCAUGUAUUCGAACGAGAUGCCGAAACCCGGAGAUCCAAGGCUCGGGCAGACUUGAAAAUUAAGACUGGCAUGUCAGACGAACAAAUCGAGGGAUGGAAAGUCAUGCUUGAGCGUAACCCCCGCCAACAAGCUAAAAUUCGGGAAAGGCACGAAUUCAAGGGCAACCAAACCUUCUUACCGCCAACCCAACAAGUCGACGCGCCACGUGGGGGGCGUGGACGCGGCGGGCGUGGCCGUGGGGGGCGAGGUGGUGGCAGAGGUGGCGGUAGGGGCAGAGGUACAGGCGACGGAGGCGCAGGGCCAAGUGGAGGCAGCGGGGACACAACGCAUGACAGAGCAUACAAGGACAAAAAUAAGGCUCAUCAAGGCAAUCAUGAUCGCAAGCGUGGCCACGAUAAGAAGGUGGCUCGAGGAGGAUUUGCAGGGUAA